AUGACUGACUCGCUCGAAGCACAGGCGCUCAAGUCACCCACAUCCCCGAAUCGUCGUCCAGAGGUGUGUGGACCUCAUGCUCCCGAGCGUCCUUACCCAAUCUACCUACGCGGCAAGGUUGAAAGAGGCUUUGGCCGCGGCUCCAAGGAUCUCGGUUGCCCUACAGCCAACUUGCCGUCCAAGGUGGUCGGUCCAGGUUCCUCGCUCACGCGCACCGGUGUCUACUUUGGCUUCGCCCGUGUCUUGCCUCAGGAUCCCGAUGACCCAUCUCUAACCGACUCGGAAGAGGUCGAUCCCUCCAAUCCCUCCACCCAAGUGGAUGACGACGAAAACGAGGUGGUACUUGGCGCAAGUCCGAUCGGUGACGGCUUUCUUGGGCGUGUUCAGCCCAACGCAGCAUCGAUUCUCGAGGCACAAGCAACAAGAAAAGACAAGGAGCUCGACGUCAGCCGUUCCGAGCUCAACGACGGCGUCGGCUCGUUGCACGGCGCUACGGCUUCAAGUUCCUCCUCCUCAAGUAGUCUAGCAGCCGCACGCAGCAAAAAGACCAAACGCGUCCACCUCCAGCACGAAGACACGCAAGUCUACCCCAUGGUCAUGAGCGUUGGCUGGAAUCCUUUCUACAAGAACACACACAAGACUGCCGAGGUACACAUUCUGCACGACUUUGCAGACGAUUUUUACGGUCUAGAGAUUCGCGUCGUCGUUCUGGGUUACGUGCGACCCGAGUACAACUACGAUUCGCUGGACGCAUUGAUCGAGGACAUUGAGAUGGACAAACGUGUCACGGUAAACUCACUCGCACGUCCCUUGUAUCAAGACUACUCGCAAGAUCCGUUCCUCGGUCGAUAA